CUAUAUUACAUCCUCCUCAAAUUUACAUCUUAGUUUCCUUACGAUAUUGCCUUUUAACAUUCUUUUUUUUUUUCAUUAUUAUUUGACACAACAUCUUCUAUCAUGCGUUCAAUAUUCAUAGCAAGUAUUGGAUUCUCUAUAUUCAACGUGGUCUCUGCCGCGCAAGCCAAUUUCUAUUGGGAUUUUUACUGCCAGGAAUAUGCCGGUAGUGUAGACCCAGCAAUUGGCCAAGUUACAGGUGGUCCUUAUGGCUCUCGAAGUGCCCUAUGGGUCGACGCAGAUUCUGAAACUAGCUUCUGUACAGGUGCCUCAGCAGAGCUUUAUGUCGGCCCUGAGGGCUAUAGCAUGACACAAGUCAAUAUUGGAGAAUGUGAACAUGAUGAUCAAGGAAUCUAUGUUGUAGCCUAUUGUGGCUAAACAUCUGUUGAAAUCACCGUCAAUCUGUCAAAACACUGCUGCUUUAUACUGGCCCGCCUGUGAAAGGGCUGUAGAUUGAUAUACGUGGAAGUAAAGUUUUUUGGUGUUGUUAAGCUAAUAGACUCGUGUCAAUCAUAAGGCGCAGUGUUAUGUGCCACUUGGCGAUACAUAUUAAG